AUGCAAGGUUGGCGAGUUGAGAUGGAGGAUGCGCAUACAGCUGUAAUUGGCUUACCAAAUGGACUUGACGGGUGGUCUUUUUUUGCUGUGUAUGAUGGACACGCUGGAUCCCAAGUUGCCAAAUACUGCUGCGAGCAUUUAUUAGAUCACAUCACAAGCAAUCAUGAUUUUAAAGGCCGUGGAGCUUCGCCAUCCGUGGAGAGUGUAAAGACAGGAAUCAGAACAGGUUUUCUGCAAAUUGAUGAACAAAUGAGGCUACUUUCUGAGAAGAAGCAUGGUGCGGACAGAAGCGGGUCAACAGCUGUGGGAGUCCUCAUUUCUCCUCAGCACACUUAUUUUAUCAACUGUGGAGAUUCUAGAGGAUUACUUUGUAGAAACAGAAAGGUUCAUUUCUUUACGCAAGAUCACAAACCAAAUAAUCCACUGGAGAAGGAACGUAUACAGAAUGCAGGUGGUUCAGUCAUGAUUCAGCGUGUGAAUGGCUCCCUCGCUGUGUCUAGAGCACUUGGAGACUUUGAUUACAAAUGUGUCCAUGGGAAAGGCCCUACAGAGCAGCUUGUCUCACCUGAGCCUGAAGUUUAUGAAAUUGAGAGAUCAGAAGAUGAUGAUCAGUUCAUCAUACUGGCCUGUGAUGGCAUCUGGGAUGUUAUGGGAAAUGAAGAGCUGUGUGAAUUUGUCAGAUCAAGGCUUGAAGUCACUGAUGACCUUGAAAGAGUUUGCAAUGAGAUAGUCGACACCUGCUUGUAUAAGGUAGCCAGAAGUUUUAUGUAGGAUAUAUUGAAAUGUGUAUUAUUAGUUGUAGUGUUGGCAAACGAUGGAUACGGCUGAUGUUGAAAGUGGUACCUUGUCAAUCACAAUUUUAGCUGGCUUUUGACUCCCUGGGACCAAUAUUGAACACACAUGCUUAAAUCUAACUUGCUUUGCUACUAGCUUGCUGGAUUUUGUAUGUAGGGAAAAGACUGUAGUUCAUUGGCAGUUAACAUUUUGCAAUUCAGAGGUCCAAGGUUCAAUCCUCAGCAUCUCCAUGUAGGGCUGGAAAAGACUCCUGUCUGAAAACCUGGAAAGCUGCUGCCAGUCAGUGUGAACAAUACUAGGCUAGAUGGACCAAUCAUCUGAUUAUAUAAGGCAGCUUUCUACAUUCUUUGGAGAAAAACAUGUGCAUUGGUAAAUUAUUUUAAGCUAAUGAUCUCACAUAGCCAAAUUGGACAUCAGCUCUAACUUUACUUACUAAUAUUUCUCCACCACCACACUUUUCUUAAAAUUAGUAUCAUGGAGGUUUGGUGGGAGCAGGUCAAAAGAUACAUGCAACAGCUGUUGUAUCUAGUUUAGGCCAAAUAGGCCCUUUAUUGAAAAACUGUUUCCUCUUCAAUUUUGUAGCUUAGCUAAACUACCCAUUCCUCUUUUGUUUCCUUAACCUUCACUUUCAUAAAAAGUAUGCAAGAAGUUGGAGACUAUGCCUUUAAUAUUAUCUCUCAGACAGUGUGCUUUUUUGUUUUACUAGUAUUGCAGUUGCAAUCUGUAUUUUGCCAAAAGGGGAGCCAGAAUAACUCAUGUAAGCUUUGAACAAAGUGACUUUGUUGAACAAGAGUUAUAGAAGCAAAUGGAUACUUGCUUACAUUCAGUGUUGGAGUGAGAAAUUGGUGAAAGUUAUGAUUACUAGCAUUUUCUUGUAUUAAUGUAAAGAACGUUGUCAGACUUGUGUGAAUAUUAUGCUGGAAAAUAGAACUUCAUCAAACUCUUUUCCUUUUCUCCACCCCUCCCACUCCAGGGAAGCCGAGACAACAUGAGUGUGAUAUUGAUCUGUUUCCCAAAUGCACCAAAGGUAUUACCAGAGGCAGUGAAGAGAGAAGCAGAGCUGGACAAGUUCCUGGAAAGCAGAGUAGAAGGUGGCUCUUUUAAAAAAAAAUAAGUAAUUUUAUUUCUAAACAAAUGCCCAACAGCUAAGUCCUAAGCAUCUAUAAGCAUUUUCUUAAAUUCUUAAGUGCCAUUCAGCAUUACACCUCACAAAAAGGUACUUUUCUUGCCUUUUUGGAUAUGUGUAGUAUGUCCUGUCAAAAUAGGUGUCCUUGACAAUUCUUCUUACACUGGAGAAAGAUUUGAGUAUAACAUUUAUUUUCCCAGCAAUAAUUCUAGACUGUAAGCAAUUUUUGAUCCUGGUUGCUGAGAAGACAGUUAGCCAUCAUAAUACGAUCAAAUUUAAAUUAAUAGUUUAUUAAUAUCUGUUAUGCUUGUGUAAUAGUAAAUUUGAAAUCAGUACUGUCAUAGAUAAUUUAAUCUGGUAUUUUGCGUUUCAUAUAAUUUUGUGCCAUAUGGUUCAAAACUGGUUCUGGUUUAAAGCAUGAAUUUGAAAGGUGUUUCACACUGUAUUAUAGUGCCUUUGAACAUGUGCAGUGCAAUCCUGUGCAUGUUUCCUUAGAUGUUCCAGUAUGUUCAACAGGACUUAGUAAGUAUGUAUUGAAACUGUAAGUUGUAAUAUAUGUUUAUUUCCAAAAUAAAGAAACGAUUUUAUUGUGAAUGUUGAGUUAAGUAAAAAUUAGAUUUUAAAAAACUGAAUUUGCUGAGUGCCUGUGGCAAAAAAGUGACCAAUAAAUUUGAUUAUGGUGGUGGUAGUAGUAGUAGUAGUAAUAAUAAUAAUAAUAAUAAUAAUAAUAAUAAUAUAGUGUAAUGGACCUAAACAUAAGGUGAUUACACCUUAAAGGCUCUGAAGUCAUAAGUCCCAUGCACUAACAUGAAAUAUUUUUAUGCCUGCCAUAUUAAUGAAUGAGUUUUAAAAAAUCUCUUGCACUUUAUUUUUUUAUUCUGUAGACGCUUAACUGUCCUGAACAUAAAUGUUGUUUAUUUAAUAUUUUGUCAUCUUGAAUUGAUUCAGUGGCUUGUUUACUGAGAGUUGGUGUCAUGUAGUACCUAAGAGACUGAGCUACAUAUUAGGAAGUCUCUGAUUCAAUCUCAUUUUGGCCAUGAACUUACUACUCUUGACCCCCUUUCCCUUACAUUUUAACUAGAGGGAUCAUAAUAUUGAACAAUAUUUUGGGGUGGUUGUAAGAAAUACGGCAAGAUUAUGAAUGUGAAGCACUUUGAACUCUUGAAAGUUUUGUUCAAAUCCUCAGUAGUGGUAGUGAUGUAAUUUUAUUAUGCUCCUAUUAUAGCACAUUCUCUUUACACUGGGAGAAUUGCAGUUAGUGGCCACUGAUAUUCAUGUUUUGGAGUCACUUUCCAUGAAUGUUACAAAUUGUGGCAUAUAUCGUAUUCAGAAGGUAACUGGGGGCAAGGAAUGUUAUGUUUGUAAUGACCUAGUAAGAUGUUCAUCAAUAUUUAAUAGAUUAAAUGAGAAGAGGCAUUAGAAAAUAAUACUUGUGUUUUCUUGUUUGUCCACACUUUUUCAUCCUUGGGAACCAAAGUAAAGUGUGGCAAAACUGCACCAGAAUUUUGCAAAAAAAGGCUUGUUCUACUGCAGCUCUUUGCCCCUCCUGAAAAGUUGCUUAGGAAGGUUUGGGCAUCCAAGCAGUAUUUGAUAGAUAGGAGGAGCUACAGCAAGAAAGGAAAAUCAUCUGUCCUCAUCUAUAAGUGUGGAAGCACUUUGUAUGCAUAAGCUUAUUGUGAUAUCAUCCCAUAUGACUGAAACCAUUUCACUGAUGAGUGUGUGUGUGUAACAAAAUCCAUGUUCAUAAAUGAAACUUGACCUUACAGUUCUUUCUUUGUGUAAGUGGAAUUAGCUAGACUUUAAUUUGUGAAUAGAUGCCAUAGCUGUGAUCCAAAGGGCAGUGUGAAUAUACCUCAGCAUUUUGAAGAUUUUCUGUUUAGUUCCCUUUGGAACUCUUGAAUUGCUCUUUGAAUUUUCCUGAGUUCAAAAAGCAGUUUGGGGAUUUGCCACAAGAUCAGUCUUAAAGGGAGCUGCCAGUUAAUACAGUGUUGUCAUUUACGCUUUCUUGCAUUAUUUUCCUAUCCUACUUUUAAAAACUGAGGUGUGUCAAAGAUCAGUUUAGGCAUUCUUGGGACCAGUUCUGAACUGGAAACUGUCAAAGUUUCAAGCAUGCCUGUUUCUAUUCAGUGUGCUGUGAGUUGCCACAUGUGCAAUUGUUCUCUGGUAAUGGGUUUCCGGUGUCAGUGUUGAAUAAACUAACUUUGAGUCCCCUGCCAACUCCAUAGUUGCAUCUUUCUCUUUACCUCUUCCCCCCUGCAGCCCCUUGUACCCCCUUCCCCCAGAAAGCCUCUUUCGUAGACUGUAUCUGGAGCUGCAGUAAAAGGAAUCAGCUUUCAGGCAAUUCCCCCUUUCCUCAAAUACUGCUGCCCUGGACACGACACAGCCUGCAAAAUUUGAUAGGUCCUCCAGCCCUCAAGUGAGGCUCUUGAGCUACUGCGGCGGCAGGGAAUGAUCUGUGGCACAAGUUGCCUUCCUCUCAUACAGUUUUGGAUUACAACCCAGUGUCUUCUGGUUAUGUGCAACAUCCAACAAAGUAGUUCCAUAUAUGUAAGAUUUUCCGUUUGCACAAAAGAACUUCCCCCUACUCCUCCCUCUGUACUGACUCCUAAACUGUUUUGGAGGGUUGGGGUGAACAUUCUGUGAAGGGGACACGGGGGCUAGUUCUAUUGCACAGUUCUUGCGCUAACGGAACUACUUGUUUGAAUAAAUUCACAGGAAAGUAGAACUGACUAUGUAACUGUUGAAUAAUUCAAAAUGUGCUCAAUAAUCUGUUUCUGCAAUCUCCCUAAAAUGCCCUAAAUUAGUGUUUUUGAAAUUUGAAUUAUAAUUUAAAAAUGGACCUGUAUAAUGAAGUUCUGAAAGCAGGCCCAUGCAAAGGGGGGGGGGACCCUGGGUGAGAGCUAAGCUGGCCAGGGGCCCCCACCAGGGACUGACUGCUUUUUUGUUUGAGUUUAUAACUUUAUUCUAACAAGACUUCAGAAAAGCUCUGCACAGGCCUGUCUGUAAGGAAUUUUGCAAUGUACAGAUCAAAUUGAAAUUUAAAAAAUGGUAGCUGAAAACAGUAUUACCAUUAUAUGGCUACUGAAAUGGUGUAAAUCAAGUGAGAGGAUUGGACACAUUUUAAUUUACAGCCCGACCAGGCUUAACAGCUUGUACUUUUGACCCAAUGUACUAGGAAAAAUACUUAAUUUCACCAUUCAAUUUUGUUUCUUUUUGCGAAGGAGCUAUGUUGGUGACUAGUUUAGAAAAAAAAAAUGGCAGCUAUGAAUUCUGCUGUCUGUUCUAAUCUAUUUUAUAUCAAUGUCAAACAAUUUCAGCUGUAAUUGUGUAGGAAAUAAUACUAAUCCCACCUGCAACUUGCAAUAUAAACUACAUAUUUGAAAAGUUUUUUCCAAAAAAAUACAGAUUACAGACAGUGAGUUGGAUCUGGAGUUGCACAGAGUUCAGUUCCAUACACUGUAUGCUCCUGCAGGCAGAAAAAGAUAGAGGUGAUCUUCACCCCACCCCCCCGAUUGGCAUUCUGGUAUGCCACAAAAAAACUACAAUAGUGUGUGUGGGGCCGCAUGGGGGAGAGGGGUAAUUGAUAAAAAUUUAUUCCCAGUGUCUGCCCAUUGGAGUGUCCAGUUUGUUGAGUAGGAACCUCCAUUGGACCCAACUCACUUCUGCAAAUGAAAGGGAGCUCUUCAUUUCAUGGGACAGCAGGUCUGGAUCCAACCCUGUGGGACUAGCCCAGCUCUUCAAAACAAAAACCCUCAACUUUUCAUUACUAAGAUCCUUAAGCUGCUCCAUCAGUGCAAGCUAUUGUUAAUUUUUGUGGAGCUUGCACAGAUGCAACACUUUAAGGACUGGGCGGGGAAACUGUUUUGAAAUACGUUUUGUAAUAGGUGUAUGUCGACUAUUAUAACUGUUUAAAUGUCUGUGUUUCAAUGAAUUAAUUGAGUGUGAUCACCUCGGUGUAGACUAUAUAUCUUCAGUAAAACACAUGUUUCAGUAUAGAUAUUUUCUCUCAUUUAGAAGACGGAAGUAAGUAGAUCUUUGGAUGCAAGAACAUGUUCCCACAAGUAUACAAAUACAGUGUUUCUCAGACUUCUAAAACCACGGCCUCCUUUUAGAUAAGAGCAGUUGAAGUCAACACUAUUCAUCUGUCUUUCAUUAAUCUUCUUGUGCUGCAGUUUGAGAAAGUGUUUUAAGUUAAUAAGAAGCUACAAUAUGCAUGGACACAAAAAGAUAUUGCAAGAUGAAGGCCAACGGAUUGGUUCCAUUUGUGCCAUAAAUAAUUUGUGGAUUGUACAUAUAUUUCUAUUGAGUAUAAAUGUAUUUUAGUGGAGAAUGUAUUUUAAAUGUACUGUAGCUUUAGGUUAUUGAACUGUGUAGUUCAGAUAAAUUUUAAUCCCUUUAUUUUUGUACAAAACAUAACAUAGCAUUAGAAUGAUGUAGACUAUACUAGAUGUUCACAAUUCACAAUAAAAGAACUUGGCAAAAUAAAUCUGAUAUCUUUGCUCUUUAUUCAGUUUCAGUAUUAGAAGCCUUUGUCAUAAAUAGUUGAUGGUAAAAUACAGAUUCUGGCCUUAGUACUUCACCUUCAAAAUGUUUAGCCAAAACAAAAAGUAAAGUAUUUGCUUUGAAAUACUGUCCAGGAUCCAUAGAACUGUGCAGCUAUCAAUGUGAUAUCAAGGGAACUUGUCCCCCCUCCCCAAGAAGUCUGCUUUUGUGAUGGACGUGUGGGCCUUGGAGAAGAGAAUAGAUGGUUUCAGUGGGUUAGUGACAAGCCCCUUGCUUUUGCCUAAGCAGCUCUUCAGAUCCUGGCCACUAUUCACUAAUCUUUCUUUAAAAGGAAAAAAAGAGAGAAGCAUUUAUAGGGAAUUAAAUUUGAUAUCUAUGUACUUUGACAGCUGUCAAGACUUUCCCCCGACUAUUUGCUAUCGGCUACUAUAUAUUAAGCCUACAAAUUGAGCUAAAACUUGCAGGGACCGAAAGGUUACUGAAAAUCUGUUUUUGUGCUCCUAUUCCACUAGCUGUGUUCUUGUGUCAUAUUGUCUGCAUGUGGCCUGAUGUUAUAGACUGAAAAAGUUAAAUUUGGUAGCACAACAUUCCUUAUUUUAUUUUGGGUGCUACAUUGCUAUUACAUGCAGUUUUGAGAAAACUGCACUUCUCAUCAAGCUCAUUUUACAGGUGUUUUCAUGAAAUCUCAAGUGUGCUGGCCAGUAUACCAAACUGCUACUUUAAUUAAAGCUAUUGUAUGCCUAAUAAAGCAUCCAUUAUAAUCAUGGGUGUUUAUUGGAUUGCAAAAUGAAAUCUUUGCGAGUGAAAGUUUCCAAGCUUGAUCCCUCUAAUGUCAUCAGUUAAAUGCUAUCAGGAAGCAAAGUAGAAAAAACCUGAGCUUGAGACCUUGAAGAGCCACUUUCAGUGAAGAAUGCUGCUGCGUUCCAUGGAACAGUGGUGUGACAUGUUCAAAGGCAAAUAUUCAUAUCCUAAUAUUGUCAGUUUUAAUAGUUAUAUUUCAUAAAUCAACAAACAACCUAAGUCGGUGGUCUAAAACGCUUUUGAAAAUCUGACCUAUGAUGUGUUACAAUAAUGAGAUUUUUAAAUCUUGGUUCUCUGAAUAAUGCAGAUUAUCUGUUAAUUGAUUUGAAGAUGGAUUGAGAAGUUUGAAGUGUUCAAAUAUUCUGUGUUCAAAUACUGCUUGAAAGUAAAUGAUGCUGCAGCUGAAAUCAGAUUCUUUAUUAUUUCAACAAUUCAUACAAUGGGGUUUAAGUAUUGCGCAAAUUAGUUUGAGCAUUGUUUCCCUACAGAGGCUAUGCAGUUCAUCUUUUGUUGUUUCAUAACUCUAUUUUUAUUUUUUAUUUUUUUUCAAGAUAGUAUGUUUCCUAUCAUGUCACUCAUGUUUUCAUAUUUCAGUUUAUAAAACUCUUAAAUUGGUCUGUUGGAGUGUAUCAUUUUCAUUUACUAAAAAUGGUUGUUACAUUUUUCUGUGAAAUCAAUUUAUAACUAACUUGUUUUCUUCUCAGGCAGUAUAAGCACUUAAGAUCUCAGUGCUCUUUUAGAGCAAGCUCCCUUACAAUGUACUAUAAGAGUAUCAUUGAUAUUUUUAGAUAAUGAUCUAAUGAGAUUAAUAUAUUGUAUGCUUCCAAAAGUUUUAUUGUAGGAAAUACACGGCAAAGAUGCCAAGGUAGAACUCUGUUUUCUCCAGCCUGCUUAUUUUGUUAUGGUACCAGAGACACUGUAAAUACAAUACUCAAUAUGACAAAGAUUUUGAAAUCUUAGUCUGUCUUAGAUAAAGUAAAAUGUUGAAAUCUUUUCAAUUGCAUUUGGACUGAAUUUACAAAGAAAGUACUUCUGAUUCCCAGAGAUCAUAAAGAAGCAGGGCGAAGGAGUGCCAGACUUAGUCCACGUCAUGCGUACUUUACAAACAGAGAGCAUCCCAAACCUUCCACCAGGGGGUGAAUUGGCAAGCAAGUGAGUUUACACCUGCGUAAAUCUGCUGUUGAUUUAAAAUAAAUAAGGCCACUCUUAAAAAGGGAGGGGCACCAAAAUAUUUUUAAAGGGGCAUUACGACUAUUAGCCCUAACCUUUUCUUACAAAUUUGGAAUUAUAUUAAAUAUGGAAAUGAAGGCAUGCGUGAUACCCUGUGGCAGACUGGGAGGUGGAUUCUAAAAUUAAAAGUAAACCUGUGUCAUACCACAGCUGAAGAAAGGUCAGGCUAUUUUUAAGAGUGGCCUCAUCCUUUAACUGAAGUUCUUGAAUAUUUACCGCUUUUAAAUCUUUCUAAGUGUAUGAUUCUAAUGGUUUAGGUAUUUAUAUUUAUAUGUUUUGACUGGUUUAAACACAUUAGUUUUUAUUUGAGAUGUAUAAUGCUGGUUUUUAUGGUAUUUCAUUUUCACCAAGUUCAUAGUUGCCUUCCUUGGAUGAUAACGCAUCAAAACUUCUGAUACCAUGCAGGCUGCACCAGUUGCCAGUCUGCUUCUGGGGUAAAUUCAAACACUGGUUUAUGACUAAAUGGUUUGGGACCAGAGUAUCUUUAAGAAUUGCUUCUUCUCACAUGAAGCCAUUGCAUCCAUAAGACCAUUUGAUGAGACUGUGCCCUUUGUCCAUCCACUGUCAGAUGGACAGUGGAUGGUCCACAUUUGUGUGUGGACACAAAUGGUGGGGGUCUUUUUUGUACUUUUACUGAGGCCGUGGAAGGCCUGCCUAAGGAAGUUUGCCUUUCAAUAAGCAGCUAUCUCUCCUAGUGGUUCUCAACCUGUGGGUCCCCAGAUGUUGUUGGACUACAACUCCCAUCAUCCCUGAGCUGGCUAGGGGUGAUGGGAGUUGUAGUCCAACAACAUCUGGGGACCCACAGGUUGAGAAAGGCUGCAGCUUAGACACUGCUUCUCAAAAUGGGGUUUAAAUGCUAUUGUCUGCUCCAUUUUGAACAGUUUGAAUUUUAGGUUUUUUUGUCAUUUGGUAGCUUUGAACCUAACCUGUUAAGAUUUUGAAGAAAAUCAAGGAGUCUUUAAUUCUUAGUUUUCUUGAAUUUAUCUUUAGGUAGAAAAGUGGAUUAAAAUGUAAUUAAAUAAAAAGGUCUAGUAUUACAACAUAAUCAAGGCUGUAAUGUCAAAUCGUUCUUCAUUCUGACAAUUUUAGAUGUUAGGCUAUUGGGCACGGAGAUACAGGAUAUUUUGACUACACUUGAACCAGAGAUGAAUUGAGAGUGUUAAAUCUUGCAUCUCUGUUCAUCUUAGUUUGGCAGUAAAGUUCCAAACCAUCUGUGGGAAUUUUCUGUCUGGAUGAGCCUUUACAGAAGCCCCAGUUUUUCCUGUACUGAAGGGUAUUACUGGGAAUUUCAUCCACAUCUUUACUGGGAUUCAAACCCUGGUUCAAGACAUGCCCAGUUGCUUGAGCAUGGAAUUUUCAAUCGGCAUAAUUGUAUUGGGGCUGCUGGGAAUUCAAGCCCUACUGGGUGCAGAUAACUAGUUGUGCUAUGCUUUGGUCCUUGGCCCUCUCAUUCUGCUGACAUUCUCUGGUACUUGAUUAAUUCUUUUAAAAUAAAUGUUGCUUUCCUUAUUUGGGAUUUUGGUAAGUAGUUCCAGUAGUUUGGUUCAAUUUGCUGUAGUGUUUGUUUUGUUUCUCUGUGCUUGUCCUACCUAGUUCGGUCUGCUGAUAGUCAACUGGCUACUACUAAAAUGGUUGAGCGGCUGCUUUUAUCUAUUUCUGUAUAAUGAUGUGUUUUCUGUUAUUAGUGUUGACGGUCUUAUGGAAUUCUGGUAAACUACCUUGAAUGUCAGUUUGCAGAAAGAUGGCACACAUUUUUUAUAUAUAUAAAUAAGGGUUUCCUUUCCUUUUUAAAAGGUAUUUCUAUUUUGAGAAUCUGUUUUCAGAUGACAGUUGUCCUUUGGAAAAUGCUGAUCUUUAAAACCUUUUUUUCCCCCUUGCUUGCUUUAGACGGAGUGUGAUUGAAGCAGUUUAUAACAGACUGAAUCCUUAUAGAAAUGAUGAUGCUGUGAGUAUUAGUGCUGUCCAGCCUGUCAUCCCGUCAGCCUGUCCUUACUGACCAUUUUCACAAGUUUAGUUGAAAGAUUGCUUUUUCUGUGCUUAAAAUGUAUUAUGCUCAUUAAAGCAAAAAAAGAAAUCCAGAUUUGUGAGACCUGUUUAUCACUGACAUUGGGAGUCCCAAUGCACAGCUGCCUUCCAUUUGAAUUGUAGCUGUAAAAAUGCUUGCAGAAAGAAACAUUUUGUUGCAUGUGAAUGGCAAUGUAUUUUGGUUGUCAGAAGUAUUUUGCCUGUUGUGUCAAGUUGGGCUACUCGGUUUGUUCUUGCUGUAGCUUCAGCAUUGGUGGACAAGCCAUUAGCUUACCCCCAGCUCAUAAUUGAAUUAUUCCGUGUGCAGUGCUAUGUGACUAAUACACUGAAAAUCUUGGCAUUUUUGUUUCACCACUUAAUUUUCACAACUCUUCCGCUUCAUUUUCACACGCACCCCAUCUUCUGUCUCAAACAUGUGCUUUGCGAUUUCCUUGGCACAUAACAUGCCUCACAUGCACACUACCCUUUCCACUUGUAGAAAGGUUCUUGGGGAGUUGAAAGGAAAACAUUUUUAGCUCUGCAUUCAUGCAUAUGGGUGGCAUCUACACAAUCGUUAACCUUUCACUGUUGACUUUUUUUGCCUGUUCUGCCUGGUAGUGGGGACAGGUUGGGAAGUCUCUAAUACUCAGAACUACUUUUUUUUUUUACUCAUUUUUGUGGCCACGCAUGGUCUCAUCAAAGUCCUCAUUGAUUUUACAUCAAAGUAGCAUAUUUCUAACGCAGUGCAUAACUUUUGUACAUAAUUCUACAGAAGGGUUUUCUUUGUAUCAUGGCAGUGGUGAUGCUCAGCUAAGUUGUACAAGGAAUAGAACCACUGAAAUGGAUGGGUUCAGUUCCUUAAAUCCACUGAUUUCAGUGAGACUGCUUUGAGUAUGACUAAGGUAGCUUAUCACCCUGUAUCUGGUGCACUUUGCAGAGGCUAGAAAAAGCAGAAAAGGGAGAAUAAAGGGCGGAGCAAUAGAAACAAGCUCAUGGUGUGAGGCUGGCAGCCAGGAGAGAAUAAAUUUUAUUUAUACCCCACGCGCCCAAGACCGGGCUCAGGGCGGCUAACAUCAGGUAUAAAAACAAUUGAUUAAGAUACAACUUAAAAACAGAAUUAAAACACAACUUAAAAUGCAGCCUCAUUUCAGUGGAAGCCCUGAUCAAAAACUGGGGGGAGAAAACGUCAAAUCUUCACCAAGGCCAACUAUCUAGACUGGUCCUACAUGGGCCAGAAAAAAGCCAGGGAAGUCCCCAAAUAGGGGUUCCAUUGCAGAAGGAAAAGGAAAGAGGGGGAGGGGAUCAGGCUGAUUCCAAAGGCCAGGUGGAAUAACUCUGUCUUACAGGCCCUGCGGAAAGAAAUCAGAUCCUGCAGGGCCCUGGUUUCAUGAGACAGAGCGUUCCACCAGGCCGGGGCCAGUGUUGAAAAGGCCCUGGCCCUAGUUGAGGCUAAUCUGACUUCCUUAGGGCCCGGGACCUCUAGAGUGUUGCUAUUUAUGGAUCUUAAGAUCUUCCGCAGGGCAUACCAGGAGAGGCAGUCCUGUAGGUACGAGGGUCCUAGAUUAAGUACUUGAAUUCAGACUGCACGGGUGAGCGCAACCUCACUGCAUUUUGCACCAGGCUAAAUGUAACUGGGUAGACAAAAUGGAGUCAGUGGAGGAAAUUAGGUUGCUUAGGCUGGUCAUGCGUUGUGCUUUUGAGUGACUUGCCUCUUUGGAGAACUCGUCUUAAAACCACUGGAAGAUUCUUGGUGGAUGGUCUGUUACUGGAGGGCUUUUUAUGCAUAGUCUAAGCCUUUCUAAUUUGCCAUCUUCCAGCACAAGGCUUUUAAAUAUUUUAAAAGGUGAAAUAGAUAUAUUCCUGUCAUUUCUGGUAUGGAGGAUGCCAACCAAACUGAAAUGACUUGACUGCUGUGCAAGAUAACCUCCAGUUUCCCAGUUGGCUUCUCUUGAACAUCAGUAUACUGUAUACAGAAGCAUCAAAAGUGAGCAACCUCAAGAUUCAGAAGCGUAAAGAAAAUCCUGUUAAUAACUGGAAUGAUACCAUAACCUUUUUCUAGGUCAGCAACAUUCAAAAUGAUUGCUUACAAUUAUUCAGCCAGGACGUCUUGACAAAUGUAGAUGCGUGCAAAACAAUAAUAAUGCCGUAUUUUACCAACACAAAAAUGCCACCUGAUUUAAGAGCCUAAGUCUUGUUCUUUAGAAAGUGGCAUGUUCAAAGUCAUGUUCUUUAGUUCUUUAGAAAGCCAUGUUCUUUAGUUCUUUAGAAAGUGGCAGCUGGGUGCCCCAGGCUAUUCUUAUAGCCACCCUUCCUUAGUUGCUGACUGCAUUGGGGUGCAGUAUGCAGGAGUGAUGAAUCUUUGGUCCUCCAGAUGUCGCUGAACUGCAACUCCUACCAGCCCUAGCAAGAAUGGCCAGGGUUGAUGAAAGUUGUAAUUCAGUGACCUUUGGAGGCCAAAAGGUUCCCCAUAUCUGGUUUAGUGGGACAUGAUUUAGGAACAUGCACUCUCCUCUCCCUGUCCCAUGUGGCUGGGAAGAUGACCACAGAAGCCUUCACUAAGCCAGCUAAUGUUUUCUAUGUCACUUGGAGACAAAUAUGUGGUUCAUACCAACGAGAUCUGUCUAAAUGAGCCUGUUUUAGAAACACUGGUUUGAACUUUGCUUGUCUGAAAUCCACCAUAGCUAGUGCCAAACACAAUUUGUCAUGCUAGAAGACUUAACAAUCCCAAAUUGGUCCAAAUGGAAAGCAAAAUCUCUUAACUCUCCCCCAGCUGUGUGAGAGAAGGCAAGGAGUAGGGAAAUGUGCUGGAAGAGACCAUUUUUGAAGUUGGUGGUUACAGUGAUAGUGUUUUCAUGUCACACCACCUCCUUGAGUGGACAGGCAAGAAGGAUUUGGCCUUUAACUUGGCCACAUGAUUUGUAGCAAACUGGCUUGAACAUCCAGCCAACUUCAAACCACAAGUUAGGAAGCUGGUUUGUUAAAUUAGCCGAAGUUUGUUAUUAACUGUGGUUUCAACACAAUGACAAGCCGAAAUUAGGGUGCAGGGAAGCUAAACACAGUUGAAGUCCUGCGCAGCUGAAGAUUUCGGGGUGGGGGAGAUUAAAGCCAGAGUCCCUGUUUUCACAAAAUCCAAGAUGUUUAGGUGCCUUUGGGUUCAGUAAACAUCUCAAACCCUGCAAUUUAAUUUGCAUAGUUACCAUAUUUUUCGCACCAUAGGACGCACCGGACAAUAGGACGCACUUUGUUUUAAAGGGGGGAGAACAAGAAAAAAAAAUUGCCCCCCUCUCUGCCCAGCGCCCCUUCAGUGAAGCAGCAGGAGGCGCUGCACAGAGAGGGGGAGAACUUUCCCCCUCUUGUUUUCCCGCUCUAAAACAAGGUGCCGUUUAAGGUGCGUUCAGGCGGCUACCUUGGAGCCUGGAGAGCAAGAGGGGUCGGUGUGCACUGACCCCUCUCGCUCUCCAGGCUUCAGGUUCCUUUCGACCUGCUCUUUGGGGCUGGCGGGGGGAAGCCCACCACCAGCCCCAAAGAGCAGGUCAGGGAGCAGCGGAAAGGCGCAGCGGAGAGGCUCCUGCCAUAGCCGCGCGUCACCUCUCCAGCCGGGAGAGGGUCGCGGGGCUAUGGCAUCUUCGCUCCAUAGGACGCACACACAUUUCCCCUUCCUUUUUGAAGGGGAAAAAGUGCGUCCUAUAGAGCGAAAAAUACGGUAUACAUAAAACAUACUAAAAGUUAUAUGAAAAUAAGCAUUUCUUGCCUCUAUUUUUUAAUUUGCAUUUCCUCUAGCUACUUUCACCAUUUCUAGAAAUCUUAAAUCUCUUAACGCUUUGCUUUCAAAUGCCAGAGGAGUAGAAAAAUCCAUCUUUAUCUGGGGAAAUAAAGGGUGCAGUAGUACUGCUUGUCAGUACUGUGAUUAUGAAGUGCUGAGUUACAUCAGAUACUGAACACCUGAAGCUGCUGCUUACUUUAGUACCCAGGUGAUGUCUUGCAUCUGGUGAGUCAAGCCAUUCUUCACCUCCACAGAACUGGCAUGUGGAACAGAAAUGCCUUGUUCAGCAUUUAAACAUGACUAAGGAAAAGAGGUGAAUGACAGUUGGACAAUAUCUGUUUUAGAUUAAUAGCGUCUAAAAAGAUACUUCUAAUUAUGUGAGUCUAGAGUACCAAGAUUUUAAAUUCUAAGGAUGAUUUCACUGAAACCUGCUUUCUAGCUUGCCUUAUGGGGUAGGAAAACUGAAAAACUGUAGGAGAACAUGUGUGAAUAACUUUUGGUUUAAAGCAGAAGCUGAAAAUUUAACUCUUGACACCUGAAAAUAGUCUGCUUUUACGUUAAACUAUUUACAAGGGAGGGCUGACCCUAAAUAGCUUUUGUGUACUAGGUAUCUUAUCUUGUUAAACGCUCAUAAGUUACUAUUCCCAGAGUAAAGCUCUUCAGAAUGUAAAGAACACCCGAAUCCUAAAAUUAUCGCCGUAUCUACCCUUUUCAGUCUGGAUUAUCCAGAAACUGCUGUAAUUUUGGGCGCUCCAGACUUUAAAGGGUUCCUUCUCUUUUCUUUAAGGACUCUGCAUCAACCGAUGAUAUGUGGUAA